CCCAAAUUUCUUCCAUUGUGGGCUAUAGCAGGAAAUCGAACAAAUUAGCACCCCAAAUCCGAUUGAUUUUGGCCCUAAUUUCAAAUUACUUAGGGCUUUUUCCUUCGUCAGCGCGCUCUCCCCUAAUUACCCAUUUGUUCCGCAACGAUCAAGUUUUUCUCAAAUGGAUCCAGAAGCUGCACGCAAUGCACGGGAUUCACUGGAUCUGGUAUUUCAUAUGUCAAACAUUCUUGACACUGGACUUGAUCGUCACACUUUAUCCGUUCUGAUUGCAUUCUCUGAAAUGGGUUUCAACCCUGAGGCCUUAGCUGCUGUAGUUAAGGAGCUUCGCAGAGAAACACUGGCUUCUUCUUCUGUCCAAUCAAUCCCUCCAUCAGCACCUUAGGCAGAUUAGUUUUAUAUCCCGUUUGGUUGCUGAAAUUUGAUGGAACAAUCUUAGUAGGAGCUCUUUCUUAACCCUUAUUUUUUCCCCUGUUGAUUGAUGUGUAAGUGGUUUGUUUUCUUUUCCUACUUUGGCAUUAAAAACAAGGUGUUUCUUGAGUUUUGAGGCUUACUUGGAGUGAGCCUUCUGGUUAUCCUUUAUUACGCAAGCUCUCUCUGUCUCUUUGAAA